UCCUCUUCCUCUUCCUCGCUGCUAUCUGGCUUUUACUAGUUGUAGUCUGUAAGAGCACUGAUUUCUACCCUCCUUUCCUCAUUGGGCUUUUCAACCUGAAAUAUCUGUUUGUCUUCCGCUGUCGUUGAGCAACAACUGUCUUGCAGUUGCCGAUAUUAAGAAAGCGCUUCAGUUCUUCAUGGUCCACUUCGUCCCUUGUCAUUCUUUCCUGGUUGAUUCUUGGAAUUCAAGUCCCAAACAGUUUUUCAUCCUUGCUUGAAGAUUUCGAGUACCCUAGAAAACAGGGUUCUAGAAUUGAAACAGCCCAACAAUCCCUUUUUCCAAUUUUAUCUCGGAAUUGGGAAAAGAUGAAUGAUCUCAUGACAAGAUCGUUUCUAAGUUAUGUGGAAUUAAAGAAACAAGCCAUGAAGGACCUUGAAGCAGAGCCUGAUAUUGAGAUGGGGCAACUUAACCCUGUUGAUGAAAAAAACCUCUCCCAGUUCUUCGAAGAAGUAGGUGCUAUCAAAGCAGAUAUGGAAGAGAUCACCAAUCUGCUUCUUGACCUCAAAGAUCUCAAUGAAGACACUAAAUCCAUUCACAGCGCCAAAAUCCUUCGAGGCGUUCGAGACCGAAUUAAUUCUGAUAUGGUUACUAUCCUCAGGAAGGCAAAGAUUAUCAAAGGGAGGUUGGAAUUGCUUGAUACAUCGAAUGCAGAAAAUCGUGGUGUGUCCGAUGCUUAUAAAGCAGGAAGCCCUGUUGAACGAACAAGAGUUUCAGUAACAAAUGGCUUGAGGAUGAAAUUGAGGGAUUUGAUGAAUGAAUUCCAGGGCUUGAGAGAAAGAAUUGUUGCUGAUCACAGGGAAGGUCUCAAGAGGAGAUAUUACAGUGCUACUGGAGAGGAACCAAGUGAGGAAUUGCUUGAAAAGAUGAUUACAGGGAAUGCGAAGGAGAGAGUUUUUGAGGGCAAAGCAGAUUUGCUGUUGGAGAAUCAAGAAAGGCAUGAGGCUCUGAAGGAGAUUCAGAAAAGCUUGACAGAGCUGCAUCAAGUCUUUCUGGAUAUGGCAGUGAUGAUUGAUAAUCAGGGUGACCAGAUAAAUAACAUUGAACAAAAUGUGGCCAAUGCCAAAUCAUUCAUCACUGGCGGCGCAAAAGAUCUUAAUCGGGCAAAAAAGUUGAAGAAGAGGUCUACUUUGGCUUGUUGGGUCAGCGUAGUGGUGCUGGUGUUUGUACUGGUGUGCCUUAUGGCAAUUCUGUUCUGAAUCUGAGAUGACAAGAAUAGUAUAGCUUGGAUUUUAUAAGAGCUUAAUUGAAGAGGCUUUUUCCAGCAUUCAAUUAAGCUUGAAGUUCUUGUCUGGGAAACGUCUUUUACUUUGUCUGAUGUUCUGAUUGUAAAACUGCACCUGUGAUGAUAUCUAUCCAUCACUGUCUGCUUACUGUAAUUUGAGCACAGAAACUAUAGGAUCCUUGAGAUUCAUAUGGUGUAAUGUUGGUGUUUCUUCUUUUCCUUGAAAUGUUUUUCAGACGACAUACUUUAUCAGUAUCAA